AAAUGCUUCACUAAUGAUAGUUCUACCUGAUGUAAAUUCUGUUUAACUGAAUCUCAAUUUCUCUUCACGCUGUGUUAAUGUCUGAUCAAGAUUUUAAGUGUGUGAAGACUAUUGUGUGGGGAAGUGAAAAUGCUCCCGAGAACUGUCUAAAACAAUGGGAGGAGCCAUUUAUUUUCAGUGAAUUGGAAAACAGUGCUCUAGUUCAGCACCAUGGUGGACCAUGUGCUGUUUUAGCACCCAUACAAGCGCAACUUAUACAAACGUUAUUAUUGAAAAAUAACAAUUUCUCGAGAACUAUUAAUUCAGCAGCAGAUUUGCAAGCACUUAUGAGCUCAGGUACAACAAACGUAUCCUUGAAAUCAUGUCUCAUUUCUGUUUUGCAUCAAGUGUUGUCGCGUUGCACAUCAUCCGGGCCUUUGAAGAUUGUUAAUUUCAGUGAAGAAAACUUGUCAGUAGUAACAAUAAACAGCGCUGAGAAACUUGAUGAUGCUGAAACAUCAUUCGAUGUCUUUUUUCAACCCGGAGGGGUUUUAAACUUCGUCUAUUCGAUCAUUUUAACCAGGGAAGCAGAAAAUAUCAAGGCUGAUUUAGGACUGCAGAGUGAUCCCUUAAUUGAAUCAGUCCAUGGGCAUGGUUCGGUUGCUCUUACCAAUUUAUGCCUGAUAGGUAAAGCUGUUCCGAAUAUGUUUGAUGACAACAAAGAUUUAGGUGGUCUUGUGCUGAACGGAAUUUCUGAGACACCAGACAUCGGCUACUUAUCUUUGAUGGAGCACUUCAGAUAUAUUGAAGUCGGUCACCGGAUGAAAAAUCCCAAGUACCCAAUAUGGUUACUCUCAUCUGAGACACACUUGACUGUUUUAUGUUCCACUGAAAGAAACUUAUGUUCGGCUGGCGAAGAGCUGACGGUGAAACAGGCUUUCGCAAAAUUGGACUCAUCUGGUAAUGGUUUUAUACAAGAGGGGGAUCUUUCCAGACUCUUAAAAGAUCUCCAGUUGCCAGAUGACGGCAGUUCACUGGCGGCCGCUAAAAGUGAGUUAGAUAGCGAAGAUUUAGGAAUCAUAACACUUGGAGCUAUAAUGCUCAAGUAUUUUCCUCAUUUAUUACAAGCAAAUGAUUUCGAAGUCAUAACAGACGUCCCAUUUAUGCAAUACAAUGGAUUAAAUUUUAAAACUGAGAGCAAUACUGUAAAUAUAUCGCCCUCCAAAUCAGACGCAACCUCCAUCACGCCGUCUUACAGCUACGGUGUUGGUGUAAUAGGCUUGGGAUCACAGACUGCAGCUGAUUCCACUAAACUGGAACUCAUUUUAGCCACCAAGUGGCCAGCUAUUCAGAUAAACUGGAGUGUCGGUUCAAAGCCUUCGGUUGAUUGGAUAUGAAAUUAUGUUAAUGAAUUGAUUUUUUGGCUGAA